AUGUCGUCGCUCAAGGACAGGAUAUCCGCGCCCCUCGAGGCCGGCACGUCCCUCCUCGACGCCCAGCACCUGCCCCCGCACGUGGACGCGGCCCUGCAGUACGUCGCCAAGAGGCUGGCGCGCAAGGAAAUGAACGUCACCCUCGUCGUCGUCAAGAGGGAGGAGGGCGAGGCGCCGCCGCAGAGCCACAGCAUGUCGGUGGCUACGAGCGGCGACAGCGACGACGAGAGCGACGGCAUCAUCCCCAUCAUGCUCGCUCCGGCGCCCGCCGCCGUCGCCGCCGUCGCCGCGUCGCCGCCGCGCCGCCCGUCCAUCAUGUCCACCGCCCUCGGCCGCCUCAGCCGGUCCAGUACCCAGCCCAUCCUGCCCACCAUGAGGAGGGCGUCCGCCGCCGCCGCCGCCGCCGCCGCCGCGGCCACCGCCAAGGGCCUCAAACGCAGCACCUCGUCCAACAGCACCAACACAGGCACGCCGCAGCCGCCGGCCACGCCGGCCAUGUCCAUGACCACCAUGUCGACCGACGUUUCCGGCACGACGCAGACCUCCCCCAACCCGUUCGGGAUCCACCUCGUGCACACGCAGGAGCUGGACGCGCGGGCGGAGCGGGUGCUGCGGCAGACCAUCGACAAGGCCGAGCGCAAGUUCGGCCUCGGCACCGACUGGCUCCCGCACGCCGUCGAGCCCGCCGAGCGCGGGCUGGCGGACCUGCUGGUGCGGCGGUCCGUGGCGCAGAACGAGGUGCUCUUCUCGGCCGACGGCCUGACGCUGCUGUCGCUCGACCACCUCUACACCUUCAAGCGCGCCCUGGCCGCCUACACGCGCACGGGCUGCCAGCGCCGCCUUGAGGACGCCGUCGACGAGCUGCGCCGCUGCGUGCUCGCCAACGGCCGCCGCCGCCUGCAGCGCAGCCACCUCAUGCGCGUCUAUCCGGGCCUGUCCUUUGCCGAGCACGCCCUGUUCGACGUGACCAAGAUGUACCGCCGCGCCUACGGUGGGCCCCUGGGCGACACGGGCAUCGAGUGCGACCCGCUUAGCUACAGCCCGCCCUUUGAGGGCGGGGCCAUGCCUGCCCCUGCCCCUGCCCCUGCCCCUGCCGCCGCCGCCGCCGCCGACUCCCCGCCGUCGUCGCACAGCCGCAGCAGCGGAACCGUGAGCUACGUCGUGCGCCCCAUCCGCAGGAACCUGAGCCUGAUCGCCGCCGCCGACGCCGCACCCGAACUGCCGUCCCUGAUGCUCGGCGACAGCGCCGCCAGCAUCAUCAGCCAGGCGGCCGCGUCGGCCGGCAUCAGCGAGCGCGACGAGGACCUGGCCGCCGUGUCGCGCACGGGCGAGUUUGUGCGGUCCGAGCGCACGUCCGUCUCGUCGGCCGCGUCCACGGCGUCGCGCUCGGCGCCCUCGAUGCCGCCCACGCCGACGACGACGACGACCACGAUGACCAACGCCGCCGCCGUGCCCAUACACAGGGCGGCGCCCUGCCUCAAGGUCAAGACCUUGUUCGCCACAGCCGCAUCCGUCGCCCCUACCGCCGCCGCCGCCGCCGUCGCCGGCGAAUCGGAGGGCCAGAUCGGGGCCAUGUAA